GACCUGGCCUCACCACUGUCACAGCGAGCUCCCGCUGGCCAUUCGCUUGCUCGUCUGACACAACACGCCCAGCUUGAGGGCUCAGAUGGAAGUGCCUCGUAAGAGGCCACUUCUCGAGGGCGCCAAUGCCUCGAUAGGCCAGGGAUCGCCUAACAAGCGACCUGCCCUGUCAGCGUCAAAUAGCUACCAAGCUGGUCUCCUCGAGCGCAGUAGAAGUGACUCCCACGCCCCUGAGGAUGUCGGGUCCGGCGGUGAUCUCGAGGCCUUCCAAAAGGAAGCACUGCAUAGAGCCCUGCUGCACUACAAGCGCCUCGCACUGCGUCAUCUCGACGAACUACUUCUCACUCGACAACGCCUGCUCGAGGCACAGUCAGACUCGACCCAUACCCAUUCCGCAUGGGAUGCCCUCUUGAGCGAGAUAGCGAGUACGCUACAGAGCUCAGGGGUAGGCAUGCCAUCGUCCAGCAAGCUCGGAUCGCGUCCAGCACGCGACCCAUUGAUCUACGACACCUCGUCCAAUGAUAGCGCUCUCAUCCUCGCAGAACUUGAGGAAAGGGCAGAGAAGCGGAGAGAGCAGGACCUGCAGGCCAAGCUCAGUCAGACGAAAGUCCUCAUGCUCCACCUCCUCACCACUGCACCCUCCCAGUCUGACGCCAAGCUCGACGACCGCGUCGCCCAACUGCAAGAGCGCUCUCUCUUGCUCGCCAGCCAGGCCCAGCACGCGAAUGCCAAGCUUGCUAUCUUACGCGAAGAAUUCGCCCAACUUCGCAACUCGCUCGAGACAACGCAGGCCUCGCUACAGAACGCCGAGACUCAGCUGGACCGAGCCAAAUCCCGCACGGUUGCCAGCGUCUUUGCCUCGACCGACGAUGCGGUUGCUGCACCUCCAACGGCUGCAAGCUCGUCCCAUCAGUCCAACGGAUCACCCACAGGCUCGCCGACCCAUGCCCGCGCGAACGGCACCAAUGGCAACCGAAGUUCGCCAGCACCGUUUGCGGACCAUGUACAGCUCAUCACCGAACGAGACGAAGCCAAUCGUAUAGCUGCCAUGCGUGCCGCCGAGCUCGAUGCCAUGCGCAAAGAGCGCAUUAGGCUCAAGGAAGAAGUGGACGAUCUGAAUCGCAAGUUCAAGCACCUACCGGACACAGCGAUACGAGAGUCGCCCGCUUUCCAGGACAUCGAAGCAGAGCUGCGCUCGCUUCGCAAGGCCAAAGAAAAGAUCAAAGAAGAUUCUGAACUGACUCAGAUCAUGUCGAGCAAGAUACGCGAAUCUCAGGAAUCAUGGAAAGCAGAAGUGCUGCAAGAAGCGAGCAAGCAUACCCAGACGUACAAAGAACGUCUUAUCGAAUCUGAUCGUAAUCUUGCCCGGGUCAGACGCGACCGAGAGGACAUCAAGGCAGAAUUGCACGAAUUAAGGACCAAGGAAGCAGAGAAGAUGCGACAAGUAGAUCACAUCCGCAUUCUCGCCAACAGUCGACAUGACCGCAUACUUGCCUAUGGAUCCCUCGUCGCGCGACUCAGGAUGCAAAUAGCUGCAGAUAACUCUGAUCUGCCUGCCGUCGAGCGUGCGGCCAACGAAGUCGAUCUUCUCGACACGUUGGAAGUGGCUCAGAAGGAGCUCGCAGAAGCAAAAGCAACUGUCGCUUCAAUGCAGGGUGACUCAAUGCCUGAUGCAACAAAUACAUCGUACCCAGAAGCAAGGACGUCAGAAGAACUACUGAAUCUGCGGAAGCGCAUCAAGGAGCUCGAGGACUUGUACGCCGAUGCGCCAGACGGUGCGACCUUGGCCCAGCGUCUCGAAGACAAGCAAAGGGAGAUUGCAAAGCUCGAGAUACAGCUCAAAUCUCAGCAAACAGCCUCGAGCAUGCUCGUCAGCGAGAUUGAGCGUUUAUCGGCCGCCUGGCAAGCACUCGACGAGCAAAAUCGGAGUAAGGUGCUCGAUAUGGUCAACUACGAGGACCGAUUGGGGAAAGCUGCAGCGGAUAAAGCGAAAGCGGAUAAUCGAUACUUUGCGGCGAUGCGAGAGAAGGAAGCCGUUGCGCAGGACAGAGACUUCGUCACACGACUAAAAGACAAGCAAGCCAUCAGCCUGAAAGAGCUUGCGGAUUCUCAAGCUGCUCUUUCGACGCGUCUAAGUGACGCAGAGGAUGAGAUCACGAUGGCUGAACGCAAGGUGAGGCAGUACGAAGCCAAACUGAUCGAGCACAAUAAGCUCAAUGCCGAGCUGAUACGGCGCAAAGACACUUUUGACAAGCGCGUGGCUGAUGUACGUAUUGCGCCGGCCCUGUUCAGACAUGCUGAACGAUUUCGUGCAGCUCAUGGCGCAAUUGAAAGAGCGAACUCGUCAAUAUGAAGUAGAGGCAGCUCGACGACAGCAAGCGGAAGAACGCCUCGACAGGAAAACAAAGGACCUCGAGAUUGCUCAGCAAGCCUCAUCAAAGGGUGAUACUGCAGACACGCACAAGCUGCGCGAGUCGAACAAGUACCUGACCAAACUUAUGAAGUGCUCCUGUCAGCAACGACUCAAGUCACAUGCCAUUACGAGGUGCUACCAUCUCUUCUGCAAGGAAUGCAUCGAGACGAGGAUCGAGACGCGGCAGCGCAAGUGUCCCAACUGUGGCAUCGCAUUUGGCGCUAGUGACUAUGUACAAGUCUACUUCUAG